ACGUGCACAACAAGUCCCGGCCUCUCCGCUGACCCAGCCGCGGAGGCGAGCGGUGCCGCGGAACCCUCCGCUGCGGCCGGGGCGGAGCCUGAGGACUAUUUCUCCGUCCCUCAUUCCGCCACACCGCCUCCCGCCAUCCGGGCCGCGGCGGGGAGGCUCCGGUGCCUUUUCCCCUUUCUCCGUUCCCACCCUCGCCGGCGGUCGAGGCGCUGCGGCGGCGCUCUGCGCCCGUCCCGGUCCCGCGGCGGAAGGACACGCGGACUCACCGCACCGCCCGGGGCGGCGUGCGCGGCCGCGCCUGCGCAGUGCGCGCGUGCGCGCGGGCGGGGGGCGGGCGGCAGGAGGAGGAGGACCCAAGAUGGCGGCGGCGGCCCGGCCGGGGGGACCGGGCAGGCCUCGGCUGUGAGGCGGGCGGAGCGCGGGGCGGCGGGGCUGGACGGGCCGGAGAGGCGGCGCAGGGGCCGCGGAGGGGCCGGCGGGUCGGCGGAGCUCGCGGGCGCUGUCUCGACCCCCCCCUUUUCCCCGCGGCUCGGGGCGGAGGGGGGGGCCGGCCCGCGGCCUGUGAGGGGGCGGCGCGGGGGGCGGCGGGGCCUCCAUGGCCCCCUGAGGGGGUCCCGGCGGGCAGCCCGGGAACCCCCCGCUCCCCUCGGUGCGAGGCAUGGAGGAGGGGGAGCAGCAGCGCGCAGAGGGCGGCUGGGCCGAGUGGGGGCCCGGCCCGGGGGGGUCCCCGCCGUGGGUCCCCCCGCCGCCGCCCGACGGGGGACGAGGAGCCCAAGCGGGGCCGCGGCGCGGAGUGGGGGGGCCCGGAGCCCUCCGGGGACGCGGGGCCCCCCCGGCCGGCGGCCGCGCCCCCUAAAGCGGCGGGGGACGAGAAGGCCCCGAGCGCUCCGCGGCCCCCCCGGACCGGGGGCGAACCGCGGGGGUAAGGCCGGGGGGGGACCCGGCAAAGGAACCGGGGGGCGACCCCCGGGCGAGGAGCGGAGCCCCCGCAAGCCCCCCGAGGAGCGCGGGGCCCGCGCAGGGGAGCGGCCCGGCGCCGAGGACAAGGCCCGGCGGCCCCUCGGGGGUCCCCGCGGCGGGGCCGGCGCGGAGCAGCGAGGGGAGUGGGGGUCGCCGUGGGCGGCGGCGGCGGCGGAACCGGAGCCCCCCGAGGACUUUUUGCCGCCGCCGGAGUGUCCCGUGUUCGAGCCCAGCUGGGCCGAGUUCAGCGACCCGCUGGGUUACAUCGCCAAGAUCCGCCCGAUCGCCGAGAAAAGCGGAAUCUGCAAAAUCCGACCCCCGGCCGACUGGCAGCCCCCCUUUGCUGUCGAGGUCGACAACUUCAGGUUCACCCCCCGCAUCCAGCGGCUCAACGAGCUGGAGGCGCAGACCCGGGUGAAGCUGAACUACCUGGACCAGAUCGCCAAAUUUUGGGAGAUCCAGGGCUCCUCCCUGAAAAUUCCCAACGUGGAGCGGCGGAUCCUCGACCUCUACAGCCUCAGCAAGGUGGUGAUGGAGGAAGGUGGCUACGAGGCCAUCUGCAAGGACCGGCGGUGGGCGCGGGUGGCCCAGCGCCUCUCGUACCCGUCGGGCAAGAACAUCGGCUCGCUGCUGCGGGCGCACUACGAGCGCAUCAUCUACCCCUACGAGAUGUACCAGUCCGGGGCCAACCUGGUGCAGUGCCACGCGCGGCCCUUUGAGAGCGAGGAGAAGGACCGCGAGUACAAACCCCACAGCAUCCCGCUGCGCCAGUCCGUGCAGCCCUCCAAGUUCAACAGCUACGGCCGGCGUGCCAAGCGCCUGCAGCAGGAGCCCGAGCCCACGGAGGAGGACAUCGAGAAGAACCCCGAGCUGAAGAAGCUGCAGAUUUACGGCGCCGGGCCCAAAAUGUUGGGCUUGGGGCUGGUGGCCAAGGACAAGACCCUGAGGAAGAAAGACAAGGACGGCCCCGAGUGCCCCCCCACGGUGGUGGUGAAGGAGGAGCCGCCGGCCGAGCCCCGGGCGUCCCCGGUGUCCCCGGGGCCGCGGGACGAGCUGCGCCACAGCCCCGAGCCCUGCACCAAGAUGACCAUGAGGCUGCGCCGCAGCCACAGCAACAGCCAGUUCGUGGAUUCCUACGUGUGCCGCAUCUGCUCGCGGGGCGACGAGGACGACAAGCUGCUGCUGUGCGACGGCUGUGAUGACAACUACCACAUCUUCUGCCUGCUGCCCCCCCUGCCCGAGAUCCCCAAGGGCAUCUGGCGCUGCCCCAAAUGCGUCAUGGCGGAGUGCAAGCGGCCCCCGGAGGCGUUUGGCUUCGAGCAGGCCACGCGGGAGUACACCCUGCAGAGCUUCGGGGAGAUGGCCGACGCCUUCAAGGCCGACUACUUCAACAUGCCCGUCCACAUGGUGCCCACGGAGCUGGUGGAGAAGGAGUUCUGGCGCCUGGUGAACAGCAUCGAGGAGGACGUGACCGUGGAGUACGGCGCCGACAUCCACUCCAAGGAGUUCGGCUCCGGCUUCCCCGUGCGCGACGGCAAACGGCGCCUGUCCCCCGAGGAGGAGGAGUACGCGGGCAGCGGCUGGAACCUGAACGUGAUGCCGGUGCUGCAGCAGUCGGUGCUGUGCCACAUCAACGCCGACAUCUCGGGCAUGAAGGUGCCCUGGCUCUACGUGGGCAUGGUGUUCUCGGCCUUCUGCUGGCACAUCGAGGACCACUGGAGCUACUCCAUCAACUACCUCCACUGGGGCGAGCCCAAGACGUGGUACGGGGUCCCGUCGUUCGCGGCCGAGCACCUGGAGGAGGUGAUGAAGAAGCUGACGCCGGAGCUGUUCGAGAGCCAGCCCGACCUCCUGCACCAGCUCGUCACGCUCAUGAACCCCAACACCCUGAUGGCCCACGGCGUCCCCGUGGUCCGGACCAACCAGUGCGCCGGCGAGUUCGUCAUCACCUUCCCCCGCGCCUACCACAGCGGCUUCAACCAGGGCUACAACUUUGCCGAGGCCGUCAACUUCUGCACGGCCGACUGGCUCCCCGCGGGCAGGCAGUGCAUCGAGCACUACCGCCGCCUGCGCCGCUACUGCGUCUUCUCGCACGAGGAGCUGAUCUGCAAGAUGGCGGCGAGCCCCGAGAAGCUGGACCUGAACCUGGCGGCCGCCGUGCACAAGGAGAUGUUCGUGCUCGUGCAGGAGGAGCGCAAGCUGCGCAAGGCCCUGCUGGAGAAGGGCAUCACGGAGGCGGAGCGCGAGGCCUUCGAGCUGCUGCCCGACGACGAGCGGCAGUGUGACAAGUGCAAGACCACGUGUUUCCUGUCAGCCCUGGCCUGCUACGACUGUCCCCAGGGCCUCGUCUGCCUCUACCACAUGGACGACCUCUGCAAGUGCCCCCGCAGCAAGCAGUACCUCAGGGACAUGCCCCAGAGGCCACACCCCUAA